GCAGAGCUUGCAUCACAUCCGCCGCCUAGGCGCCCAAUUCCGGAAGGUGCAGCACAGUUGUGGCGGCGGGUACUGCGUUAGUGAUUAGGGUUUCUUCCCUGCCGGAGGUGGGAUACGCUGUAGCAUCAUGGUCGAGGAGGUACAGAAACAUUCUGUACACACACUUGUGUUCAGGUCAUUGAAGAGGACCCAUGACAUGUUUGUAGCUGAUAAUGGAAAACCUGUGCCUUUAGAUGAAGAGAGUCACAAACGGAAAAUGGCAAUCAAGCUUCGUAAUGAGUAUGGUCCUGUGUUGCAUAUGCCUACUUCAAAAGAAAAUCUUAAAGAGAAGGGUCCUCAGAAUGCAACGGAUUCAUAUGUUCAUAAACAGUACCCUGCCAAUCAAGGACAAGAAGUUGAAUACUUUGUGGCAGGCACACAUCCAUACCCACCGGGACCUGGGGUUGCUUUGACAGCUGAUACUAAGAUCCAGAGAAUGCCAAGUGAAUCAGCUGCACAGUCCUUAGCGGUGGCAUUACCUUCUCAGACCAAGGCUGAUGUAAAUCGUACUGCACCUAGUGGAAGUGAAUACCGACAUCCUGGGGCUUCUGACCGUCCACAGCCUCCAGCGAUGAAUUCAAUUGUCAUGGAGACCGGCAAUACCAAGAACUCUGCACUGAUGGCUAAAAAAGCCCCUACAAUGCCAAAACCCCAGUGGCACCCACCGUGGAAACUCUACAGGGUUAUCAGUGGGCAUCUUGGCUGGGUUCGAUGUAUUGCUGUGGAACCUGGAAAUCAGUGGUUUGUUACUGGGUCUGCUGACAGAACCAUAAAGAUCUGGGACUUGGCUAGUGGCAAAUUAAAACUGUCAUUGACUGGGCAUAUUAGUACUGUGCGGGGCGUGAUAGUAAGCACAAGGAGCCCAUACCUGUUCUCUUGUGGAGAAGACAAACAAGUAAAAUGCUGGGAUCUUGAAUACAAUAAGGUUAUAAGGCAUUAUCAUGGACAUUUAAGUGCAGUAUAUGGUUUGGAUUUGCACCCAACAAUCGAUGUGUUGGUAACCUGUAGUCGAGAUUCAACUGCACGGAUUUGGGAUGUGAGAACUAAAGCCAGUGUACACACAUUAUCUGGACAUACAAAUGCAGUUGCUACAGUGAGGUGUCAGGCUGCAGAACCACAAAUUAUUACAGGAAGCCAUGAUACUACAAUUCGAUUAUGGGAUCUGGUGGCUGGAAAAACAAGAGUGACGUUAACAAAUCACAAAAAAUCAGUUAGGGCUGUGGUUUUACAUCCAAGACAUUACACAUUUGCAUCUGGUUCUCCAGAUAACAUAAAGCAGUGGAAAUUCCCUGAUGGAAGUUUCAUUCAAAAUCUUUCCGGUCAUAAUGCUAUUAUUAACACGUUGACAGUAAAUUCUGAUGGAGUACUUGUAUCUGGAGCUGACAAUGGCACCAUGCAUCUUUGGGACUGGAGAACUGGCUACAAUUUUCAGAGAGUUCAUGCAGCUGUGCAACCUGGGUCUUUGGACAGUGAAUCAGGAAUAUUUGCCUGUGCUUUUGAUCAGUCUGAAAGUCGAUUACUAACAGCUGAAGCUGAUAAAACCAUUAAAGUAUACAGAGAGGAUGACACAGCCACAGAAGAAACUCAUCCAGUCAGCUGGAAACCAGAAAUUAUCAAGAGAAAGAGAUUUUAAUGAAUGUGGAAUUUUCUUUUUUUUUUUUUUUUUUUAAAAAAAAAAAGCUUGGCGUUGAUGAGGAUACCCAGUCGUUUUGUGCUCUGGCUGGGAAUAUAAAGGAGAAAUUCACUAGCUUCAAUCAUUGCUGCUUCAUAUUUUACAAUAAACUGUCCCCUGUCCCCUACCCUUGUGUUUUUAUUUCUAAAACAAUUUGUGAUACUAGGAAGAUGCAGAUACCAAGUAAAUGCAGGUUUAUUGAAUGUAACUAUUCUAGAUGUAAUAUUUUGACAGUCUUAUUAGAACAACCUUCUUUUUUAAAAAAAAUGUAUGAAACCGAUUAUUAUAAUGGGACAUUUGAGGGAACAGUAGGUUUUUUUUAAUUUUAAUCCUUUAAAAAUUAAUAUCUGUGACUAAUAAUUUGAGAUUAAAAGAUUUGAAGUCUUA